AUCUUUUUGGUCACAACAACAAAACUGGAGCAUUCUCUUUCUCUUUCUCGAUCUCGUUUCUCUCUCUCCUCAAUUCAAUCUAGCUGCAUUUGUUAUUUGCUUUCUUUCUUUUCUUUUUCACUUGAUUUCGACACCGUCGAGAUUUCAGGCCAAUCGCGCUUUAUUUCCUUAUCACGAUUCCAUAAAUUCGUUCAAUUCCUCAGCUGGGCUUCUAAAGAUGGGAAUAUACCUCAGCACUCCUAAAACAGAGAAAUUAUCUGAAGAUGGUGAAAAUGAUAGACUUAGGUUUGGUCUGUCCUCCAUGCAAGGAUGGCGUGCUAAUAUGGAGGAUGCUCAUGCUGCACUUCUGAAUUUGGAUGACUCCACAUCAUUCUUUGGUGUUUACGACGGCCAUGGGGGCAAGGUGGUUGCUAAAUUCUGUGCUAAGUUCUUACAUCAUCAAGUGCUGAAGCAUGAAGCAUAUUCAGCUGGCGAUAUCGGAACAGCUCUUCAGAAAGCUUUCCUCAGGAUGGAUGAAAUGAUGCGUGGACAGAGAGGCUGGAGGGAGUUGGCUGUCCUGGGAGAUAAAAUGAACAAGUUUAGUGGUAUGAUAGAGGGUCUGAUAUGGUCUCCGAGAAGUGGUGAAAAAAAUGUCCAAGUUGACGAAUGGGCAUUUGAGGAGGGACCGCACUCUGAUUUUUCAGGACCAACUUCUGGAUGUACUGCUUGUGUUGCAGUCAUAGGGGAGAAACAACUUGCUGUUGCCAAUGCAGGUGAUUCACGCUGCGUGAUUUCCAGGAAUGGUCAGGCAUACAACUUGUCAAGAGACCAUAAACCCGAACUGGAGGCUGAGAGGGAAAGAAUUUUAAAAGCAGGAGGAUUUAUCCACGCGGGGCGUGUUAAUGGCAGUUUGAAUCUUUCAAGAGCUAUAGGUGAUAUGGAAUUCAAGCAGAACAAGUUUUUACCAGUAGAAAAGCAAAUAGUUACUGCCGACCCAGAUGUUAAUACUGUUGAACUUACAGACGAGGAUGAGUUCAUUGUAGUUGCCUGUGAUGGCAUUUGGGAUUGCAUGUCAAGCCAACAACUUGUCGAGUUUAUACAUGAACAGCUGCGACAUGAGAGUAAGCUCUCGUUGGUGUGCGAAAAAGUACUAGACCGGUGCUUGGCACCUAUAGCCGGAGGCGAGGGCUGCGACAACAUGACCAUGAUACUGAUCCAAUUCAAGAAACCCAAUCAGUCUGGGGAGCCUUCAGACAAGAAAUCUCCGGCUUCUGAAGAAAAGCAACCUGAGUCAUCAUCCGAAGCCACCUCAGAUUGAAUCUUGACAUAAUGCAGACUCGUUCGCAGCCCUACCUGAACCAACGACACCGUGUGAGGGUUUGGAUGAUCUCUUCGGAGGCUUGGAGCUGCAGCGAAGAUGGGUGGAACCGGUAAAAACUGAAAAGUACAUGUCUUCAACGCUUCUUGCAUACUUAUAGAUGCGUUAAGUGAAAAAUUUGUAUAGGUUAAUUAUAUCAGUUCAUGUAUGAAUAGCUCUAGCUUUGCUCCAACAUGAUAUUUUGUAAUUUGGUUCUCUGAUAAAUUUCCUUUGUGAAAUGACGACACUACUUAAAUACUUUUGCUUA